ACUAUAGCUUUAUUCAUUUCCUGAUGCAGGCUAUCAUUGCAUAAAAUGAACAUCCCGAAAGGCGCAAUCCGCUCAUCCGGACUCCAGUUACUAUUGGAUCAUGACGUCCCUCUUAAACCUCCACCGUCCAUCACUGAUUCUCUCACCAGCAUCCCUGAUUCAGCGAGGAAAUUUUUCGCCUCUGUAUCGAGUCCCACUGAGAUUCUGUCCUCGAAACUCGUCUCUAGAGUAGAAGGAAUCGAUGUUAUCGAGGGGGGUUACAACUUUGUACAUAUCCUUAACCUCGACAUUGGUGAAUCUGGCCGCCCCUUUCCCUUUGUUUUGCGCUUUCCAAUUGAUCCGGAUACCAUCUCCCGAUGGCAGACUUGUACAGCUGUGGGCUGUAUGAUGUACUGUCAGCAACACCCCGAUCUCAACAUACCCACUCCAGCCAUCUACGCUUAUAACUGCACUUAUGGAUCGGAAUUCAUUGCCAUGGAAUAUAUCGAUGGAGAUACCCUGAACAACGUGUGGCUGGACCUUCCAGAGGAGGAAAAGCAGAAUAUGGUCAACCAAGUCGUAGAGAUAAUGCGUACGAUGAGGACAAAGACGAGCUUCAAGUUGAUCGGAGGAAUCACCCCAGAUGGUUCCUCCUGUCCUCUAGUCGAUGACAGGGAUGCCGCGAGUGGGAAGGGAGUAGUUGACGGUUUCGGUCUAUACAGUAUUGGGCCGUACGAAUCCGUGCGUGAAUACGUUCAGUCCGUCUUCGACCGUCAAUUCCAUCAUAUGGAUCAAAUGCUGCGCAAAGGUACACUAUCGGCUUACGAAGCAGAGUACAGGAAGGAUAUGAGCGAGUGCCUUCGCAGUUUGACGCUGGAGGAGGCAUUCGAACUUGUAAAGAGCAAGAGGGAUGAUUUUAUGGCACAGCCAUACGACUGCAAUUACCCCUUCGUGUUGCGGCAUGGCGAUUUACAUGGGCGGAAUGUCAUGAGCGAAGUUAAUGCAACGCCUAGCCAUUCUUCCCCCCGCCGUAUACUGGCGAUUCUCGACUGGGACUUUGGUGGUUCUCAUGCGCUCCCGCUCGCUGACGAAGCCUUCGAGGUGUCCUCCCCAGACACCAACGAAAAUACCGAUGUGCGCGUAAAGCAAGGGGAUGAGUUAUUUAAUACACUACUCCAGAUCGAUAAGCUCGUCGGAUUUCUCCCGAGAGACGAUCAUCUGACCGGAUUAGUGGCAUCCAUGAAACUGUUCGUCCUUGACUGUGAAGCCAAGACAGCACGAGGCAAGGAUGUCAUUGCGAGCGUUGGUGCUGAUCCCAGUAUUGAUGCUACGUCCGAUAUCCCCAUUGAUGCUGAGGAGUAA